AUGUCGACGCUUAGCGGCGGCGGCAACGGCGGCGGGGGCGGCCCCAGCGGCGAGUGCCAGACCGUCACGCAGACGAGCAGCAGCAGCUGUGCCAGUGGUAACUGCUGCGAGGUGAAGCAGCGUGUCACGCUCUGCCCCAAGCACACAAGCGCGCUGGCCUCCAUCAACGGCAACGUUGGCUCCUGCUGCGUUGUGCUGGCCAGCAAGGCAAACGGCGCGCCCACAGCCUUCUGCGCAGCGCCGACCACCAAGGGCGGCUCACAACUCUUCCCCAGCGGCGUGGCCGUCACGCUGCUGCCAGACUGCAGCAGCACGCCUGCGGGCUCCGCGGGAUCCCUCACCUGCACGGCAUUCUUUGCCAAGCUGCCGCGUGGCUACACGCUGCCGCCCACGCGCGCCAACCUGGCCAUCGGCGCGGGCGUGGCGCCCUGGACGGGCGAGCUGCCGCCGUGCGGCAAUGGCGGCUACAGGGGCUUCAGACAGACGGCCGUCGUGGACAAGGCGGGAGCAAUCACCUUUACCUCCAAAUGCAUUGCCUGA